AUGAUUCCGCGGAUAGGAGCAGGGCUGGCAGCCCUGUUUGUCCUUCUAUCAAGCCUACAGCUCGCGCUGGCCGUGAGCGAUGGCAGCCGUACGAGCUGGAUCACAUACCAGACCGGCCAUGGCGAGACUCUCUAUCUGGACGACAAUCGAAGGCCCUCGCUAUACACGGACGACUUUGGAGACUGCAUGGGCAACAGUCAGAUCAACGUCACUCGCUUCGAUGCUGCAUACUACAAGGACAACAUGACCGUGCUGUUCCAUUUGGCAGGCAAUACCGGCAUUAACAACGACAGCCUGAUGAUGUACAUUGGUGUGUACGCCUACGGUGAGGAUCGCUUCGAUUUGGUCUUCAACCCAUGUAAUGCAAACAUUUACAGUAUGUGUCCGGUAAACAGCAGUGUUCCGAUCACGGCAAGUGGUGUUAUCCCGGUGUCGGAAUCGGACGUUGCCAACAUACCGCCCAUCGCCCUCAGCAUUCCCGACUUCGAGGGAGAGGCCAUUCUCCGCAUCUUCUCCAACACCACACGUUCCGAGAUCGCUUGUUACUCUGCCGUAGUGACCAAUGGCAACUCAUUCGGACAACCCAAGUCAGUGGGGAGCGUGCUGGGCAUCUUCACUUUCGUGGCGCUGAUCGCAUCGUUCGCAACUGCUAUUUAUGGUGAAGCAGUCCCAACGAUGCGUCUACACUACGCCCACUCCUUAUCAGUUGGCGUGGUCUUCGCUGUGUGGCAGCACAUCUUCUUCACUGGAGCGUUGUCGGUGAACUGGCCAUCCGUACUUGUGGCUUGGUGGACCAACUUCGCCUGGGCUGGAGGCAUGAUCUACACAUCAAGCAUGCAGCGCAGCAUUGACUCACUUAUUGGCACCAACGUUGGCAAUACUUCUCAAGUCGGUGCCGCGCAGUCUGGCGCCGACAACUCCAAUGUCGGCGGUGGCUACGAUAUCAGUCUCAUCUACAAGCGAAUGAUGAGCUCUGGCAUCGAGAAGGCUUUCAGCUCGGCUUCUAGACACCCGCUUGUUCGUAAUGUUGCAUCGGAGAUCUACGGCCGUGACUACAGCAAUGUUCUCAGCCGCGAUGUUUUGCAGAAGACUGUAGAGCGAUCGCUGCACGCCCGCGACAACAGCAUUGCUGACGCCAGUGACGGUUACAAGUGGUAUGGACAUCCCGUCCACAAUGGACUGCCACUGCCGGGAAACUACUCUGGUUUCGCGGGUACCUUGGCCGAGGAAGGCAUCGCUGUCAGUAAUGCUUUCAUGACUGGCUUCCUCUGGUUCUUAAUCCUCAUUGUACUAAUGGUAGCAUCCGUCGUCGCAUUCAAAUGGACUCUAGAAGGCAUGGCCCGCUUGAAGUGGAUCAAGACAGACAAAUUCAAGUACUUCCGCGACCACUGGCUAGGCUACACCGGCCUUGUCGCUCUACGGACAUGGUUCAUCGGCUGGUUUGUGCUCAUGUUCUUGACCAUCUUCCAAUUCACGUACGGCUCAGCGGGUGGUGUCAAGGGCGUCGCAGCGAUCGUCUUCAUCAUAUGCUUUCUGGGGUUGCCUGCCAUCGCUGCGUAUGCAGUCUGGUACAAAUGGUCCGUAGCGGAGCACGAUGCUGACCGAGCCAAUGGUUUCGAGCGUAACAAGCUCUUGGGCGGCAAGUUUCCUGUUCCGUGGUUCGGCAAGGAGCAGGCGCAGACCACUGUCGAAGAACAGGGCGUACAACAGAAGGACGAUCAUAGCGAGACCCGCAACGUACCACUCUGGAAGCGAAUGACAUCCGGCGGCGCUGUGAACACCCAACGCAGCAUACACGACAACGAAGACUACACGAAGAAGUUCGGCUGGCUGGCGUCUCGCUUCCGAAGGACUCGCUGGUGGUUCUUCACCUUCUGGCUGUUUUACGAAUUUGUUCGAGCCAUCUUCUAUGCCGGUGCCUCUGGCUAUGCCAAAGCACAGGUCUUCGGUCUUCUUGUCGUCGAGGUUCUCGCAUUUGCCUUCCUGCUCUGGGCACGCCCGUUUGAGGGACAGAGACUCAACAUAAUAGUUGUGUACUGUCUUGGCUUCAGCAAAGUGGCAUCUGUGGCUCUCUCGGCUGCCUUUGAUAUCGAGUUCAAUCUCCAGCGUAUUACCACUACCGUGAUUGGAAUCGUCAUCAUCGUCAUCCAGGGAUUCUUGACGAUCAUCACCAUGAUCGCCAUCAUUGUGGGUGCUAUCAGCUCUUACAUGUCUGUGUCACGUAACCAAGAAGAGUUUCGACCGAGGAAGUGGCAUGGUAUGCGUGAGAAGUACUUUGACCACUUGGACCGGACGCUUAACGACCUUCCGCGACCGCCCAAGCCGGUGAAGGAGAAGAAGAAGAAACCAGAGCCCGAGCCCGAGCCCGAGCCAGGAUUUGAGAUGAAGAAUGUGCGACGCUUGCACAAGAUCGAGGACGAGGAUAAGAAUUUCACUUCGGAGCUUCGCGAGCCAAACGCUUCGUUCUUGGACGAGGACCCAUACCCAGGAAGAGGUGCAACUGGCACGCCCGGUCGGAGUCGCGCUAACAGCAGCCGAGCACCUAGCGUGCACAGCAUGUACAACCUACCAUUCGGCGCUCGACCUCACCGCGCUAGCUGGAGUACAAGAGACAUGACGCAGGAUACCAUCGCAGGAGCCGACAGCUCGGCCAUCGACAUAAGUAGAACGAUUGUCGAGGACGAUUCGGUCCACCGGCCUGCUAUAGGCGCUACAGGCAAGGCCCCAAUGCGCAGCGUGACCGACCCUUCACCAUCUAGACUGAGCUACCAGCCCAGUGUCACCUCCCUCAACCUAGGUGGUGAGGUCAGCACUUUCGAUACCAUCGGAAACGUGCCUGUCCCCACCGUGCGCCCACGUGCAGGCACCCAUGGCUCCCGCGGCGCUGCUAGAAGCGUAUCGUCGCAGUACGGCAUGAUUCCCGAGGGACAGCGAAGCACAGACUUCUUGAACCCAGAACUUCCCGACUCGCAGCCCGGCAGCAAGCGUACUAGCAUGAUCGGCAGCUCGAGCGCGGCGGGAAGGGCGCUUCCUACGAUGACUCCGGCACAAGAGGCGGAUGAGUGGGAGUUGACGAAGACGACAUCACGGCAGGAAUAG